CUCUCCCCUAUUUAAGGAAAAUCGCAUCACAGGCUGUUCAAUAGGUCACGUCCAUACUUCUUCAACAACAGCGCCAAAGUCGACCCUGUAGUGUGAGGGUGCCAUGAAGUAAAAACAAGCACAACGCGUCGUUCAUUCAUCUCAAUGGCGAACAGACACCUCUCUCAGGCGAGAUGACAAGAGCUGUCCAGCAUCGCCGCGUUAAUCCCCCUUUUGCGCUCAUCCAGCACUGAAUCCCUCAGAAAUUCGCUCCGACACAACGCACACAUGGGGACUCGGGCGAAGAAACAGGCCUUUGAGCUGCCCAAGAUCAAGUACAUUUACACCCAGCCCGGCAAAGACCGAUUCACAUUCUACGACGUCAAGUUCUGGCCAUAUUCUACCCCUCCAUGCGACGAACCCAUCUUCGCCGUGAUUAGCCAGAGAGAGGUUAUCAUUGGUCGAUUGUCAGCUAAAACUCGUUGUACCGUCACUAUCCUCCAUCAUCUGACCGAUCCCGACGUACAAGGAAACCGCGAAUCUCUUGGUCUGAAUUCUUGCGCCUGGGCCUACAUAGAUCCGCAAAGACCUUUAUUGAUAAUUGCGGGCGCUCUGGGGCUAAUCAAGGUGAUUGAUGUCAUCAAAGGACAGACUGUCAAGCCUCUGAUCCAGCAUGUCAACGGAAAUAUCAACGACAUCGCAGUGCAUCCUCUCUACCCAUGGAUUUUCGCUACUGCUUCGGAGGAUGGCCAAAUUCGAAUUUUCGAUCUGCGACGAUGCGAGGUGCCCCGCAUAUCGCCUAUGAUCAUAAGCUGUGGUUCAGGAACAGACGGACACAGGGCUGGCGUGCUGACGGUUUCAUGGCACGAGACCGGCCGGUAUUUGGUCACAGCAGGCUUCGACCACCAAAUCUGUGUGUGGACUAUACCAGAUCUUGGUAUUCGCUCCCCCUUCUGGCAGAAAAUCGACCCAGCGCGCGUCAAACGACACUUUUUUGAGACCAUGUGGAUCUACUACCCACACUUUAGCACCAAGGCGCUGCACUCCAGUUAUAUUGACUGUGUCAAAUUCUUUGGCGAUUUGAUACUGUCAAAGGCUGCGACCGAAAACAAGAUUGUGCUCUGGAAGGUGACUGGUUUUGAUUCGCGAAAACCUCCACCGCCACCAAUGACAGCUGUAAAGACGGCAAUUUAUCUCGAUACGCGCAACGGGUUUAUGCGCACAGUAGUCGUGGACGAGGAUGGUGCGAAACGGUGGGAAGUCCCAAGCGAGUUCCGAAACACCGCCUCAUACAAGCGACUCCUGGAGUUUGCCGCUCCCUACAGUGACACAUUCUAUCUUCGAUUUGGCCUACUGUUGCCCUCGCCAGCAUACCCCGACUUACAUCCGUUGAUCACGUAUGGAAAUGCUGCUUCCGAACUUCGAUUUUGGGACCUUGAGCAAAUCUUGGCGGGUCAUGCAGGUGAACGCGACGGCAGCGACAAACGUCGCGGCAGAAAAAGAAAGAGACCAGAAGCUGAAGUCCUUCCUACCCGAGAAAAGAGACCAAAAAUGGAAGUGCCCCCUGUUCAAGAAAAGACAUCAAAACUUAAAGUCCUUCCGGCCCGAGAAAAGAGAUCAAAAAUUGAAGCCAACCCUCCAUCAAAAGCGCAAACUCGACAGCGCCAGGUGCCUCGGGGGGCCUCUGAAAAGAGGUCUUUGAGGCUACAACGACAGCUUCCAACCGUCAAGCUCGAGAAUGUAGUGAUCAAAUGCGGAUCCAUACAGAUCAAGCAAGGCCCGGCAGAGAUUAAGGAAGAGGCUAGGGACGCCAGGCAAGAGUCUUCUGAUACCAUACGACCGACUCUUCUCACUCGCGCAAUUGAAGAUGUCAAAUUCCCAGCUCCUUCGACCCUUGUUGGACGAUCAACCUCUUCAGGUUCAGAUGUUGUACGCCCUUCUUCGAACACGAAAGUUGGCAAAAAAGAGUCUCUUGUAAUUCCCGUCAAAAAACUGACCAGGUCAAAGCAAAUCAGUAUUCAGUUAGGGGACAUCAGAAUUGACAGGCCAGUCAUUCCUUCAAUGCCUUUGCAAGGAUCGACUGGCCCAGAGCCACCCCUCAUUCCGCUGCCGGAAAUGAAAUACGACGAUUUGUUUCGCUUUUCAUCUUCUAAGAGGAGCUCGACUAGGCCAACACCAAACGCUAUCCGACCAACCCCAAAUAUGUCAGACAGUAAAACACAGCCAUAUUCCACUCACAGUAGAAGUUCGACCCGGUCCAAACCAUACGCUGACCAACCAACCCCAAAUGUGUCAGACAGCAAAGCAUUAUCAUCUACGGUACCCGUUUCAAGCAGACCGCCGUCUCCAUCAAAGUCUGACGGUUCUCGACCCUCUCUAGAUGCUCCAGAUGGUGGUUCAAUGUCUCCCAUGGAUUCUGCCAGAAGACCACCUCAACUCAAAACUGAGGCCAUUCAACUGUCCCAGGAUCCGCCACGCAUCAAAAGAGAUGAAAAUCCUGUCAAGAGAUCGGCUCGUCUAACACCGCACACUACAUCUCCAUCCCCAGCUGCUACAGAUAUCGCGAGGGAUUCUGAUCCUGUCAGAAAAUCGGCUCGAUUGACACAACGCUCCCUGCUCCCGUCUCCAGCGGCUUCAGAUGAUACUGAUACUGCCAGAGUAUCACCUCUUUCUGCAUCGCGCGCCGCACUGCAAUCUCCAGCCGCUUCGGAUACCGCGAUAGAUAGCAAAGGUGUCAAAAGCUCGGUUCUUUCAACACCACACACCCCUUCCCUGUCUCCGGCUGGGCCGGAUAAUUCGAGAGAAGCAACUUCAGCCAGAAGGUCAACUCGUUUGAAAGUAAAGACUAAGAAUAGGGAGACAAAGACUCGAGAUGCCGUAAGAGACACGCCUCCUGUUGAAUGGCCUCUUGCUUCACAAUCUCCCGUUGUGCUUCAGCCUCUAUGCAAUCCAGGUGUGACCACAGACUCGAUCCGAUCCCAAAGGGUUAUUCCAGAACCGCAAAUCAUUGUGGUGCAUGAGAGCUCUUCGGAGAGCGAAGAAGAACUUUCUAGUGCUCUAGAGAUGAGACAGCGGUCUCAUAAUACUAGACAGCUCGCUAGAGAGACCUCUGAGUCUCUAGACUUUGACGAAAAUAUUUUGGAUAGUAUAGAGAUUGGGGGAGAGUUUUUCGACGCUGUGGGAUCCGAGCGGUACCGUUCUACAAGCUUGAAUACUGAAGAUACGACUUCCGACACCUCAGAGAGUGAGCGGGUUCGAUCAGCCACCCUAGAGUCCGAAGGGACUUCGGAUACCUCGGGAAAACACAGAGAGCGAUCUGUUAUUGACCCUACAGAGAUCGACGAAGAAUCUCUCGACAUCGAACAAAAACCACCAAGACCCAGUACCGUGCCAAAGUCGACAAUAUCUGGUAUAUCCGCGCUGAGCUUGCAGUCACCCUCCCCUGAUCUUCGGCGUAUCGUCAACUCAGAAAAGGCUGGCUUAAUGGCCCGGGACCGUGAAAAAUAUUCCGUUGACGAUCCGCACAAUCCCCUCAAGGCCCAUAUGAAGAUUCUACUCGAUAAGCUCCAGUUCAAAAACAAAGCGAUGUUUGUGACGAGAGCAGCUGAUUGGAGUCCUUGCGGGAGGUGGUGCAUCGUAGCUGGAGAAUCUUGCCAAACCCUGACCAAUGGUUGGGGUGGCUUCGCCGUACUGUAUCGUACUGGAUUGUCGGACAAACAUAAAUCUGACGACGAUUUCGACCAAGUUAUGGCUAUGGCCGAUAAGAUCAGAGCCAUACUCCUCGAGCUAGAUGACCCCGAGGAAGUUGGCGCCAGGCUCAAACAGCUCGAUGUCGUACUCAGCCAAAUUAAUGAGCCUAAGUACUCUGACGACGCCGUGGUACAACUCCAGGUUAUGCUGACAGAACUUCUCGUCGCCCACCCUACAGUCCUCGAGGAGACGCUGAAAGAACUUGGAGAGCCAUUGGAAGAGCUUAGCGAAGAAUUUCAAGAGACCAUCGGUGGCCCAGAAACCUCGGAUGAGGAGGGGUAUGAAGACUCUGACGACGGCGAAGAAUACGAGGAUGCCGAGGAGUCCACAGGAGACGAAGCGCCAGAAGAUGAUGAAGAAUUUGAAGAUGCCGAAGAAGAUGCAAGUGAUGCACCGUCUGCGUCCGACACUGAAGAAGUCGAAGACAGCAACAACUCAGAGGCGAGGUUUUAUCGUGCGAAGCUUCGUUCUGGGCGACGGUAGCAGAGCUGAUAUGAUUCUUGUGCAGUAUUCU